AUGGACAGUGUGGUCGGGGGAGAGCCGUGGGAGCCCGAGGGCCUGGUCGCCUCCCGAGGCCUGGAGCAGGAUUGGCACCGGAGGAUUUUUGCAAAUCACAGCCUGGCGCUGGGGAACAUCCGGUGUUUUGGCUUUGACAUGGACUACACCCUGGCAGCCUACAAGUCCCCAGCCUACGAAACGCUGGUCUUCGAGUUGCUGCUGGAGCACUUGGUGUGCAUCGGGUACCCGCACGAGAUCCUGCGCUACACCUACGACCCCACCUUCCCCACCAGGGGGCUGCUAUUUGACACCCUCUACGGGAACCUGCUGAAGGUGGACGCCCACGGGAACGUCCUGCUGGGCACCCAUGGCUUCACCCUCCUCUCUGAGGCCGAGAUCUGGAGCAUGUACCCCAGCGAGUUCAUCCAGAGGGACGACCUGCGGCGCUUCCACUUCCUCAACACGCUCUUCAACCUGCCCGAAACCUACCUGUACGCCUGCCUGGUGGACUUCUUCUCCAGCUGCUCGCGCUACACCAACUGUGACACUGGCUAUCAGCACGGGAACCUCUUCAUGUCCUUCCGAAGCCUCCUCCAGGAUGUCACCGAUGCCAUGAACACCGUCCACGAAUCGGGCUGUCUGAAGGAGAGGACCCUGGCGGAGUUGGAGAACUACGUGCAGAAGGACGUUCGAAUCCCCGUCCUGCUGGGCAAGAUGAAAGAAGUGGGGAAAGUGUUUCUGGCCACCAACAGCAGCUACAACUACACUGAUGCCAUUAUGUCCUACCUGCUUGGUGUUGGUGAGGUGGGUGCCACAGCCCGGCCCUGGAGGUCCUACUUUGACCUGAUUGUGGUGGACACACAGAAGCCCCGGUUCUUUGCAGAGGGAACGGUGCUGAGGCAGGUCAACACGGACUCAGGGAAGCUUCGAGUGGGCACCUACACCGGGCCCUACCAGCACUGUGCCGUCUACUCUGGAGGUUCAUCGGACUUGGUGUGCGAGUUGCUUGGGGUGCAGGGGAAGGACAUCUUAUACAUCGGGGACCACAUCUUUGGGGACAUCCUCAAAUCCAAGAAGCGCCAGGGCUGGUGGACCUGCCUGGUGGUUCCUGAGCUGUCCCGGGAGCUGAGCAUCUGGGCCCAGGAGAAGGAGCGGCUGGAGGAGCUGCAGAGGUUGGACAUGCACCUGGCUGACCUGUACCAGCACAUGGACAGAAGCAAUUGUGGGCUGGAAGCCAUCAACUCCACCAAGAAAGACAUUUGGAGCGUCACCCGGGAGCUGGACCUGUGCUACAGCACCAUGGGGAGCCUCUUCCGCUGCGGCUUCCGCCAGACGCUCUUCGCCAGCCAGCUGAUGCGCUACGCUGACCUCUACACUGCCACCUGCCUCAACUUCCUGCACUACCCGCUGAGCUCGCUGUUUCGGGCGGCCCCGGAGCUGAUGCCACACGAGGCUCUUGUGGAGCAGGACCGGCCAGCCAGUUGGGGACCCACCUCCAGCCUCCUGCCUUGCAGCCAGAAGGGCACAGAGAGAGAUGAGGACCAGGAGGGCUGCGUGGAAGCUAACUGA